GCCCACAUGUCCCUGGCUCUUCACAAUCCUCACCCCCUCAAACGGUUCAUAUUGGCAGAUAUUGAUGAGCCCCCUUUCUCCUAGGUCCGCAACUCGAAAGGUUACUUCCCCUCGGGGAACGUUAGGGUCACCCGUAAGUUUAACCGCCUCCAGCGGACCACGAUAGACAAUUUCGUCGUAUUUUCGCUUCUCAAACUCGUCGGGCGACUCUUCCUCACGGGGUUGGAUACUCUCGGCAUCAAAAGGCGUCUCAUCAUCUGGUUGCGUGACAAGAAGAAAUUCACACCCGUGACCCGAGUAAUCGCCUACCCAGAUCCCCCUAAACGGCUUUUCUUUUGUCGGGGUGUACAGUUUCGGGUCCAGCGUGGCAUAAGUAGCGAGUUCCUGCCCUAUCUGCAUCCGGAUUGAGACGUCGUCGUCUAGGCUGUCGUCUACGGCGUCGUCUCCCUGGACGGCAAGGGGCAGGUUCAUCAUGCUUACGGCUAACGGAUCUGCGAUGACGGACAUAUUGGAAACAGCUCGGCCGGGGAUGCGCGUGGCAAGCCAUGUUUUGAUCACAAAGGCCUUGUCGGAGAGGUCGGAACGGGAGGAGGGGCGGGUCUCUGGUUUGAAGUGCCGUCCACCGGAGAGCUUGGCGGCUGUUCCGAAGACGCGGUGGCCCGAGGGGAUGGCGGGGGGUGGCCAGAUGAAGCCGUAGGGAAACUUGGGGGAGGCGCAGAAGGAGAUCUCGUCGGAGGAAAGGACGCGGGUGUGGAAGAUGGUAGCAUACAUCGAGUCGGUGGAAUUCUGCAUUCGACGCUCGCAGAGGAGACGUGAGCGUUUAGGCGGAGCGACUGAAGCUGGGGAGGGUGAGCGAGAGAAGUUGCCUUCCCUCGAGGAGGUGCGAGAACGGACAAGGCGGAGGUUGAUGGUGUUGAAACGGGCCCAGGCUGGACUGUCCGAGUCGAAGGCAAGAGAGUCGGCAGAGUCGACGGCGUCCAGCUGGAUCAUGGUCUUGUCCAUGUGAAGUUGAACGACAGGGUCAAAGUGGUGAAUCGAGACGUUGCGGUUGGCUUCCCAGGGUUGAAAGGUGCGACUUCGGUUUGCGGCGACGAGUUGGUAGCCUUCGAUGCAGCCCCUUCGGGGGUCGUAGCGGACGAUGAUGAGUCUGCCGGUGAGGUUGACAUCUGCGAACCAUAUCUUGUAUUUGGGCAGGUACCAGUAGGGAUCAUGGGCCCGGUAGAGAGCCUUGAAGCUCCGGCAUGGUGCCGGAGUCCUGACUUGGAUACCAGGGACGUUUUCUUGAAUCAGAGCUUGCCAGAGGUGAUCGGCGCUGGCACGGGUGUAGAGGAUGCGUGAUGUCGCCGAGACAGCGACAAGGUCAAAGGGUGAGAGGUAAGAUAAGAUGCUGUACACCAGCUCAGGGGGGAGCAGCUCCAGCCUGGAGAGUUCUUCGGCUGCCAUCACCACUGCGGCGCCGUGUUCCAGAUGGCUCAUUUCAGCCGGCGUUUCCUCGAGAUGUCAAAGAUGGGGACAAGGCGGGGUUCACUCCACCUCUGCCAUCAAGGUGCUCUUUCCCCUUCUUUAUCAACAAAAAAUGGAAGGUGGACUCUUAGCUGAGGGGGCAGGAGACACCGGAGGGAGAGAGCUACCCCGCACCACCAGAUGCAGAAGGCAAAGUUGGAGACAAAGCGACAGGGCAGCUAGCAUGAGGUUUUGCAUCAUCGACAUGGCUCUCAUCCUCAUCAUUUAUCCCCAAAUAUCGCGCGACCACGCCCUGGGAACCCCUCCUCCCCCCACCAUGUCACACAACCACGAGGUGCAGGGUUCGAGCUGCUGCCCGGCACCGGCGCUCGGGUAUCGGAUCUGUGAUAAAGACGGCCACCAUUGCGGAGGGCACACAUGUGCAGAUGCCAUCACGGUCCAGAUAGGGCAGGUGUAUAUGGCCCCGGACUGAGUACCGAAGCUAGUGGCGACGGCAGCAGCUGCUCGGUCGGCGCUUCAAGCCCGCCAUCCCCGCUCCGGCAGUCAAGCUCGAGUGGGGUCCCAGGCGGUACUUCAAGACUGCACCCAAGUGGUACGUACAACGAAGUACCUUUCUUAUCGCCUUCCUUAUCACGCAGCCCAACGGACAGCACAGCUCCACUGACCUCACCGCAAUCCUCACCUCACCUUCCGGGAUGAGAGUGAAACAUCAGGCAUCGGCUCAGUCACAUUGUUAUUUACUUCACCCAAUACCAUCGAGACAUCGUCGACGUCCUCCCUCUUUUGUCGAUUGGACCAAACACUCCCGAUUCUGGUUGCGCCGCAGGUUUCCCGAUCUCGGGUAUCGAUCUGGACGGCCAGUUGGCAGCGAGCUCACCAACACGGAAGGUGGCAGAGGACGACUCACAAUUACCAUCCGAUGCGCAUUGUGUGACUUUCAGUGUCGGACUUCAAAGCAGGCCGCAUCUGAAGACGAGAAACGGGCGAAUUGUUCUUUUGGGCUACUGGCGACCACCGGGGCCGAUCCCUGAUACCCAACCGUCAACUGUGCCAACUCACCCAUCCCUCAGCAGAACCCGACGACGAUAAAAAUCCCAGACGGCACCGCUCUCAAAUCAUCCCCGUUACAGUCACCACCUCCAGUCGGCAUCGCAUCUCAUGUGCCACUGCCAACCUCGCAGGCCAAGUCCUGUCCGUCAUACUCGCCUUCCUACUUUGUCAUAGCCACACCUCUACGGAUGUACAUCCCGGACGCGCGUGAACUAUUCCACACGAUGGCGUCCUUGAUCCCAAUCGUCCAGGAGGUCCUGCCCAUGAUCAUGCCGGCAUCCAUAUCUGUGACCAGAUCCGCCGAUAUACUCCCCCCCUCGGAGCACCACACAUCAGGUGACCAACAAGCCGAUGACCGGACAGAUGUAUCCCCGAAAACGGUGAUACCAGCAGCAGCGCCGACUCCAGCACCAACUCCAGCGCCAGCGGCAGAAGGGCCGCGGGUUAUCAGCAGGGACGCCAUAGUUGGGCAGGCGGAGAGCAUGUGCGCGACAGUCCUCAUUGUGAAGCCCCGAUCAUCCUCUUUAAUACACCACAACGGAGAGCAAGAAACAAUCAUCUACGUGACAUCCGGCACGGGCGUCCUCCUCGCCCAGCCAAAAGACGAAGACGAGCAGCACCCCGAACGCCACGUGCUCGGAAAGGGGGACUUUGCGUAUAUUCCUGCGUGGCUCGAGCACCAGGCUGUUAACGAGUCGGAGGCGGAGGAUUUGGUGAUGGUUGUGGUGCGGAGCGGGUCGGCGCCUGUGGAGGUUAACUUGAGGAGUUGGGGCGGAGCAGAGUUGAAGGAGGGGAGGUCAUGACUUGGGUGUUUUUGUUUAUUAUUUAUUUAUUGACAUAUAAAUGGAAAAUACCUACGCAUAUAUAGGAAAUAUCUAACCUAUUUACAAUG